AAGAGGCGGUGCGGAUGGGCGGGGCUAGUUCUCGAAAACCCAAGAAAACCGGGACCUUGCCCAAGCCCACACGUUCGGGCCUUUCCUCUCACUGGGGGUUUUCAUUGGACUCAUUUCAGUCACUUGGCGGACUUCAGGUGUCACAAUGUCGCAGCAGAUAAGCGCUGAGGAAAUGGAGGAGAUCAAAGAGGGCUUUGAGAAAGUAGACGUGGAUGGCAACGGAUACAUCUGCGCCUCAGAACUUGGAGAUCUCUUCCGGGAGGUCGGUUGUCCUCUACCUGGUUACCAGAUCCGUGAACUCAUCCAGAAACUUGACCGGAACAAAGACAGCCGCAUAAAUCUUGAAGAGUUCGCCACUAUUUUUAAGGACAUGAAGGACGACCGCAUGGCCAAAGGGUUUCGAAAAGCUCUCAACAAGAAGGAAGGCAUUGUUGCCAUCGGGGGCACCAGUGAAAUCUCCAGUGAAGGAACGCAACAUUCAAUCUCUGAACAGGAGCGCUUUGCCUUUGCAAACUACAUCAACUCUACUUUGGAGAAGGAUCCAGACUGCAAACAUGUGCUCCCCAUUAACCCGGACACCGGCGCUCUAUUCAAAGCGCUGGCAGAUGGCAUUGUACUUUGCAAACUCAUCAACCAAUCUGUUCCUGAGACCAUUGAUGAACGAACAAUCAAUACAAAGAAACUGACCGCAUUCACUACACAGGAGAACCUGAAUUUGGCUCUGAACUCAGCCUCAGCUAUUGGUUGCCAAGUUGUCAAUAUUGGCGCUCAAGAUCUGAAGGAGGGAAAACCUCAUCUCGUCCUUGGACUCCUCUGGCAAAUCAUAAAGAUUGGACUUUUUGCAGAUAUCGAGCUGAGCCGUAAUGAAGCAAUUGCGGCACUGCUGGUGGAAGGGGAGAGUUUGGAGGAGUUGAUGAAACUCAGCCCAGAGGAGUUGUUGCUGCGCUGGGCUAAUUUCCACCUAAAGAAAGUUGGCAUGACGCUGACAAACUUCUCAGGGGAUAUUAAGGACUCCAAGGCGUAUUUCCACCUACUAGAGCAGAUCGCACCAGACGGCAGCAAGGAGGGCGUUGAUCGAGUUGACAUUGAUAUGGCUGGACUUUAUGAGAAAGAUCUAGCGAAGAGAGCAGAGCGUAUGCUCGAGCAAGCCGACCUGCUUGGGUGUCGGCAGUUCGUGACGGCCACUGACGUUGUAUCUGGGAAUGCAAAGCUCAACAUGGCCUUUGUGGCCACGCUCUUCAACAAACACCCGGCUCUGACUAAACCAGAGAACCAAGACUGGAAUCUUGAGAGUGAGACCAGAGAGGAGAGAACGUUCAGGAACUGGAUGAACUCUCUGGGAGUCAGUCCACGUGUUCACCACAUCUACGGUGAUUUGCAGGAUGCCAUGGCUAUUCUUCAACUUUAUGAAAAAAGUAAGGUGCCAGUGGACUGGGACAACAGAGUCAACUUGCCGCCAUUCAAGGCUGUGGGGGGAGGUCAUUUGAAAAAGAUAGAAAACUGUAACUACGCAGUGGAGCUAGGAAAGAAAGAAGCUGGUUUCUCCCUUGUGGGAAUUGCAGGACAGGACCUCUAUGAUGGAAAUUCAACUCUCACCCUUGCGCUGGUGUGGCAGCUGAUGAGAAGGUACACGUUGAAUGUUCUCGAAGACCUCGGAGAUGGAGAAGUGGUAGGAGAGGAUUUGAUAAUCACAUGGGUGAAUAAGACUUUGUCUGACGCUGGCAAGACAUCUUCUAUCAAAAGCUUCAAGGACAAGUCGCUCAAUACUAGUCUUCCGGUUUUGGACCUAAUUGAGGCCAUCCAGCCGGGCAGUGUGAACUUCGAGCUGGUUCAAAAAGAAAAUCUGACAGAUGAAGACAAACUCAAGAAUUCCAAGUAUGCCAUCUCCAUGGCCAGGAAGAUCGGCGCCAAGGUUUAUGCCCUGCCAGAGGACUUGGUAGAGGUUAACCCUAAAAUGGUGAUGACCAUCUUCGCCUGCCUGAUGGGAAGAGGCAUGAAGAGGGCAUAAAGGACGGAUGGAUGCUGAUAUCUGCGUCUACCGACUGACUGUCCUUGCUAUUUGGACUGCUGUUUUCGUUCUGUGCAAGCCAAAUGAGCACAUGGUGUCAAUCUAUCAGCUUCAGGGUUUCUUCACGUAUAAAUAUUUUAUUGGGA